GUCAAGUUGCUCAGUAGGUUCGGGAAGCUGGGGUGACGACGCUGCAAUUCGAAUGGGUAGGGUUGGAACGUAUACCGCCGGACAAUUCACCACUCAAGAUAUCGCCUAGAGCAUAUGGCCACAGAUGAAGGGAUCAAAAGUCAACUGCCACCCCCAUCAUACUGCGAAGCCUUGUCAUAUCCCAAAUUCUCCAUAGAAGUAGAAGCAUCACCCAGCGAAGAAUCCUCCAACUGGUCACGGUCGACAACCGAGAACGCUCACUGGCCGUUGAUCACCUCCCUUGACAGCUUCGUCGGACGUUCCUCCGACCGAAACUCAACUCCGGAGAACGCUUCGGAGCUCCCGUAUUCCACGACGGCGAGCCACUGCUCCCACGACGCCGAGCUGACGGUGGAGCCCUUACUGGACAUCAGCUACUCCUCGAGGACCGCCAAGGAGCCAGAUGUGGAGAGCGGGGAGGGCAACCACGCGGACGGGCGCCCGUCCAGCAAAAAGGAGAGGUUCAACUUCCUUUUCAAAGGAGGAAAAGUGCAGAAGGACAAAAGCGGGAAGGUGGUUUCCGAGAAAGAGGACAAUGAGCAGAUUCGUUAUGUGUGGCGAAGCGGGAAGGUUCUAGCGACGAGGAAGGAUGGGACAGUCUGUGUAACCGCCGACCCGAAGUUCAGCGCUGGAGUAAACAUCGCCGUAGCUGUCGGCGUCAUCGUUUUUCUGCUGUGCUGUAUGAUCACGAUGAUAGUGUUGUUUACGGUAGUGUUGUAGUUGUCGUCGUCAGUGACGUCAAGACACCACGUGACUUUGUUUGACAACAGGCGGGACCUUUGUCGUCGUGCCAAACACAGGCUAAUAAAACUAACUCUUGUUAGGCCCAUGUUGGGUCAAGUUACAAACAACUGACGAAACCUAUUUUUAGGCAACGACACACACACUCUCACACAAAAAAUGUACAUAUGAUUUAUUUUGUGGUUAGAAUUAGUAGAUAAGUAAAUGCAUAUAUUUUCUAAGUG